AUGCAGGCAACCCUUAUUGUCUCCGCCGAUGCCGCGCCAAAGUUGAAUGUGGACAUCACUGAUUCUCUGGCAAAGGCCGGGAAGCUGUCCGGUCCACGAAGCUUGUCGCUUCAACCGUCGGAACAAUUCAGCAUCCAAUUCCCAACGGACACUUUUACCUCAUCGGCGACGGCAGAUUUGACAUAUUACGCCACUUUAAGCGACAGAUCUCCAUUGCCAUCUUGGGUUAGCUUCAAUCCAGACUCGAUGGUCUUCUCGGGGACAUGCAGCGCAUCAUCGCAGACAGUGGACUUGAUGUUGGUGGCGUCGGACGUCAUAGGGUUUGCUGGCUCUUCUCUGGUCUUCACUAUCUCUGUUAGUACCCACCAGCUGUUCUUCAGCAACGUCGAGCAAACUGUCAACGUCACGGCCGGGUCGGAAGUCAAUAUUGCAGAUCUCCGCAGCCAACUUUCCCUCGAUGGCGAGGCUCUUUCCGACACGGACCUUAAGAACGCCACAGCUAGCCCGCCCAGCUGGCUUUCGUUUGAUCCGAAGACGCUGGGUAUAAGGGGAACUGCGCCUCAGGACGUCAACUCAACCAGCUUUACCAUUUCAGCCGCGGACAGAUUCGGAGAUGUUGCUAACACAACUAUACUACUCAUGGCAGGAUCGGAAUUGUUCCGAGGUGCUGUCGGCAAUUUGAACGCAGUGGUUGGCGAGCCGGCCAAGUUUGACCUCAGCAACGUGGUGGCGAAGCAGCCAGGGCUACAAGUCGAGGUGGACCUGGGCUCAGCAGCGCAGUGGCUCCACUUUGAUGAAGACUCGCUCACCAUCUCAGGAGAGAUACCCUCCUCUGCCGCACCGCAAGAGAUUCAUGGCAGCAUCAAGGUCACCACAGCCGACGGAUCGCAAAGCGACACGGGGUCUUUCGACAUUGUGGUCAAAGCCGCAGAGGCAACUGGGAGCAAUCCGCGCUCUACAUCCGCGACGGCCAAUGCGAGCACAACAGCGGGGUCUUCAGAGACGUCGUCGGCAGGCCUUGCUCCGCAUGAAACAUCCAACAAUGGCGCAGUCAUCGCAGUGUCUGUUGUUUGCAUCGUUGUGGCCAUAAUUGCCCUAGUCCUAGGGUUUCUUCUCUAUAGGCGUAGCGGGCGCCCUGGACGACCAAGCUCUCCAAGACGGAGAAAGGAAGACAUCUCGAGACCGAUAUAUCACGAUGAAUCGGACUGGCAGAUGGCAGACGACACAUUCAUUGGAGAACGGGAUGUGGAGAAAGGCGAAGGCACUGUUAGAAGAACAAACCUACCGCCACCGCAGAUCGGCACCCCGUCAACGCUAAAGAGGGCUACUAUGGAGAAGAGGGGAAUUCGCCACAAUUACCGGCCAUCGCACGCCACAUCAAUUGGCGAGAACGACAGUCAAGUCCUACACAGCGCUAUUCAGUCUGGAGACUGGAGCGUAGCCGCCGGCGCUAUACCGCUCGUUCAGCACACUGUCAACAGGCAUGCUCUCGAAUGGCCUUCUUUCACCUACGGCAUCGCAGUUCCCAGCACCGCCGCCCUCGCCCUCCAGCGGCCCUCGAUGAUCGGCACACUCGGUGAUCCCCGGCCUUCUGGUGACGCAGGAGAAUACGCGGGUCGAACGCUUUCGCCUUCCUCCUAUUACGGCUCGCAUCCGACGGCUGCUGGCGCCAUGGUCAAUUCGACAGAAGAGCGUCCGCAGUUCCCCGGAAGCCUACGUCGCAAGCGGACCGGACAAGGACGCACGGCUCGCGCGUAUUCCGAAUCCUCCUCAACGGCCGCGGACACUCCCAGCCGUUGGAGGAGUACGAACAACGGCAUGAUCGGCCCAUUGACAGGAACUGCGCCGACCGAGAGCCCACGAAGUAGCAUGAUCUUGUCCGGGCUGAGUGAUAGCGCUUACACCACGACCGAGGGCACAGGAACCGAGGAGUACAGCAACGGGCGCUCCCCCGCCGACGACGACGAGGGCGAUCCGAUGGACAUCGACGACCCGGAAGAGCUGCGCAUCUCGAGCGACCUGAGUGGCUCGAGCGAAGGCAUCGCGACCCGCCCACCAGCCUUCAUGACCUCUCCACUCAGCCCCUCAGCGCUCAGGGUCAAGAAGCGCCAGCAGCAACAACAACAACAGCAGCAGCCAUCGUCAACAACACCUGCUCACCACUCCGCGCCCGGCAUCGUGCCUUCGCCCAGCAAAGAGGAAGAAGAAGACGACAGCAAAGCUCUCGAAGACCUCCUCCUCCACCGCACGCCCUCGCCGGCCAACUCUUUCAAGUCCAACAUCACCCACAGCCCCUUCCACCACCACCACCGCCGCAACCGCUCGACCGCCGCCUCGGCCCCGUCAUCCCCGACCAAGCCCCCGCCGCCCCUCCCCGCCAGCGUGAUCCCGCCCCGCCACCCCCGCCACCGCCCCAAGACCUCCCUCACGGACCUAGCCACCAUCACCUCCCGCCGCCGCGGCGACAAUAAGGACGCUACCGCCAUGACCCCCCCUUCCCUCGAAGACUUCAACCACGCCGCCCUGCUCCGCAACUCUGCCGUCGCGACGCAGCAGCGUCGCCGUAGUAGCGCGGCCGGCAUCGGCAUCGGCGGCGGUGGUAGCGGUAAGAUUGGUGGUGUUGGUAAGCUCGGGCUCAGCGCGGCGGUGCGGCAGCAGCUGCGGCAGCGGGACAGCAUCAUCAAUCGCGGAAGGCAUCAGUACGGCAGCGGCGGCAACGGCGGCGGUAGCAGGGCGGGAUCGAUGGGGAAGAUGGGGGGAGGAGGUGGAGGAGGGGGAGGAGGAAGUGGUGGUGGCGGUGGGCCGAUCGUGUCGAAUAGCGGGAGGUUCAGCAAUCGGGCGGGGAGGGAGAGGAAGAGGAGGAGUGGGAAUGGGAGCGGUGCGGGUGUCGGUGUUGCAGGGGGGUCGAGGCUCAGUGCGUUGGGCCAGCUGGGAGGGGCAGAAGGGGCGUUGGUGGGCAGAGAUACGGGCGUUGGGGCGGAGGCGCCGGGGAUGAUGGAGCAGGAGGAGAGGGACGACGAGGUGGAAGGGGGGAGGGAGGAGGCGCUGACGGAUGCUCGUCCUGCUGCUGCUACCAGCGGCCUCCGCAUCCCGCUCAGCAUGAUCAGCAAUGCCGGCGCCAAAGCGAACUUCCUCGCUCCUUCAUCUCAGCAGCAGCCUUCGUCUCUCUGCCCUCCACCACCACCGUUUGGCUCAACCCCUUCGUCCCCGUCAAAGAAGUUCCAGACCGGAUCUUCCGGCAGCAGCGGCAUAUACGGCCUUGGCAGCAGCGGCUUCCGGGACGACGACCACUUCUUCAUGGGUCCGGGCAAGGCCAGGCGGCCAGUCAGCGUCGAGAGCAGUCCUACCCGCUUCAGCAGCAUGCGUGGCACUCACGAGAGUGUGAUUGGCGCCGCGGCUGCGGGCGCCGAGAGAGCCGGUGCGUGGAAGACGGGCGAGGUGAGCCCCGUGUCGCCUGGGGUGCCGCCGCUCCCGAGGAAGAGUGAGGAGAGGAAGACGAGGGAGAGCAGUGUGGUUGGGAAUGAGGCGUUUUUGUGA